UUACACUACCACGUUACGUACGCGGAGCAGGUGCGGACGUCGUUACGCCGGAGCGUGCUGGAGCCAGGCUGGCAGCCUGGCAUGCAGACUUGAACCGUCCGAGGGGAAAUCGAGAGAAAUCAAGGGACAAGCAUUUCGGAACAUUCGCGAACCCCUCCGACCUCGUCUCCGCCCUUCCCAUGGCGGCGAAUACCCAGGGUUGCGACCUCCCGGAGGAGAUGAUCUCGGAGAUCCUCAUUCGCCUGCCGCGCAAGUACCUCCUCCGCUGCGGCGCGGUCUGCAAGGCCUGGCGCCGCCUCGCCGCCGACCGCACCCUCCUCCACAACCACCACCUCCGCCAGCCAGCCCAGCCCCUCAUCACCUUCUUCCACGAGAGAAGCGACGCCCUCGGCUUCUCCACCAACUGCCUCGAGGCCGUCGACCUCGCCGCCGACACGCGCCGCCGGGUGCUCGCGCGGUUCGCCGACACCGAGCGCCGCUGGGACCUCCACCGCAACUGCAACGCCUUCUACGCGCUCGGCGUCCACGGCUCCUGCGACGGCCUCGUCCUCCUCGGCUUCGAGUCGUCCAACGCCUUCCACUCCACCUUCUUCGUCUGCAACCCCGCCACGCGCCAAGGUACCCUCCUCCCGCUGCCUCGCGAUGUCCCAGGGAUCGCCGGCUUCUACGCGCACACCGGCGCCGCUUCCCGGGAGUACCGGGUGCUGUACCUCUACCGCCGGCACAACAACAGCCACGAGAGCGAGUGCUUCAUCCUUACGCUCGGCUCCCAGGUGCCCAGGUCCAUCCAGCGUCGGGCGUCGUCCGCCGCCGUGUUCGGGGAGGUGGAGAGAGUGCUCCACGGCGCUUGCAGCUGGCCGCCCGUCCUUCUCCACGGCAGCCUGCACUGGCCGCCGACGCGCCAACAGCAGGGCGGCAUACUACUGGUCUUCCACACAGAUGCCGAGUCUUUCAGUUCGAUUCCUCCUCCUGCGGCCGCCGGCGCAUGUGAGCACGCUCGGCUGUUCGAGAUGGACGGCAAGCUCGCCAUGUUCUGCUGGCAGAAAAAUACGUGUACCUCAUUUCAAAAAAAAAAAAAAAACGUGUACCUCGGAUCUUUGGCUCAUGGACGACUACCAGGCGGCCGUCUGGAUCCGCAAGCACCAGAUUGAGCUAUCGCCCAUGCCCCGUCCCUCCCAAGGGCUCCUCUGGGAUCCACCAUUCGUGUACCGAGGGGGAGAUAUGCUGAUUGAUGGCGCCUGGAGAUCCGUGGUGCACUAUGACAGCAAGGGGCAAUUGCAGGGCUCUUUCGGCUGCGAUGGUUGCCGCCUCCAACUUACUCCAUAUCUGCUCAAAGAAAGCCUUGUCCUCCAUGACUUCCUCCACGAGUUCCUCGGUGUUGCAUGAUGACAACAAGGGGCUAUUGCAGGGGUCUUCCGACUGCGAUGUUAGCCGCCUCCAACUUUCUCCAUGUCUGCUCAGACAAAGCCUUGUCUGUCCUCCAUGACUUCCUUCACACGCAGCAGCAGAAUGGCUGAUGGUUUCCCAGUGACAUGGUUACUUCUUUGAGUAUUCAUUCAUGCUUAGGACAUUGCAAAAGGCUACUCGUCAAACUCAAACCAAUUAGCUUUUAUGAUCGAUUUACCUAUCUGAACUUGUCUGUGCCUCUCAUGGUUGGCAAAAAUGUAACCAGAGGCUCGUACAUCUUUCUCCAUUCUUUCGGUUUUGGUAGAUAUGACAGCAGAGGCUUCUUUUAGUUAGACACAGUUAUCUCGUUUAGUGUUGCGAUACAAUGACUUGCCGAUAUGCUAUGGGACUUGGUGUCAGCCAGUUGUUCUAAACAUUGUCAUCUGGAUGUUGUUCAAGUUUUUUCAUAUAAAGAUAACAUUGUCAUCUGGAUGUUUGCAGACCAGAAACGAGCAUAUGAUUUAUAUAUCCUCACGAAUUUUCUUCAGUGAUUGAGUGUGAAGACACGGCAGAAUGGCGUUGUUGCUAAACCACAUUUCUUUGAUGGAUUGUAGAGUUUCCUGAUGGUACCCCAGUGACAUGGUUACUUCUUCGAGUAUUCAUGCUUAGGAUAUUGCAAAAGGCUACCCGUGAAGCUCAAACCAAUUAGUUUUUCUGAUCAAUUUGCGUAUUCGAACUUUUCUGUGCCUCUCAUGGUUGGUGAAGUUCUGACCAGAGGCUCGCAGAUAUUUCUCCCUUCUUUCGUUUUUGGUAGAUAUGACAGCACAGGGUUCUCUUAGUUAGACACAAUUAUCUCUUUUAAUGUUGCAAUACAGUGACUUGCCGAUAUGCUGUGGGACUUGGUGCGAACCAGUUGUUCAAGUUUUUUCAUACGGAGUACAAAGAUAACAUUGUCAUCUGGAUUUUGCAUCUCCAGAAACUAGGAUAUGAUUUAUACAUGCUGAAGAAUUUUCUUCAGUGAUUGAGUGUGAACACUGAAGAUACUGACGAUCUUAAGUGUUUCUUUUUUCUCUGUUUAGUGGAAACUUCGAACUGAAUUGAUGCUUCUCUGUUAUUUGUGUGCAAUAAUUAGCAUAUUUUUUUCUCCUCUCCUAUAUUCAACCAUAAAAGUUACCUGCAGAUCAGAUUAUCAAACCUUAGGUACAUUCUCGAUUAUAUGUUUUUUUUGCAAACUAUUCUUGAUUAUAUGUUGAUUAGUUAUGUUCCAUAACUGUGAAAUUUGGUAUAGUAAGUGUUUUUUGAGUGAUUGAUGUUUGCAUCUUCAGAAACUAGGACAUGAUUUAUAUAUCCUGAAGAAUUUUCUUGAGUGAUUGAGUUUGAAGAUACUGACGAAAUUUGUUUUUCUCUGUUCAGUGGAAACUUCAAACUGAACUGAUGCUUCUCUGUUACUUAUGUGCCAUAAUUAGCAUUUUUGCCUCCUCUCCUAGAUUCAACCAUAAAGGUUACGUGCAGAUCAGAUCAUCAGACCUUAGGUACAUUCUUGAUUAUCUGUUGAUUAUUUUCCAUAGCUAUGAAAUUUGGUCUAGUAAGCUGUCUAGGUGAUAUUGACACCUAGUUUUUCUGAGUCAUGAUUUGUUAUUUACCACUUCGUUUACACUAAAAUUAAAUAUCCGCAUCCAUGAUAUUCCCUUGUUUGAGAAAGGUUCUACGAAAAAUAGAUCUGAACUCUGAAGUCUGUUUUGUUGCACAAGGAUGCCAAUUACCUGAAGCAGCACAUUCGGUAUUGUAUUUGCUUAAGUUUGAUAACUUGGAGUAUUAUGUGCAAUAACCAGUAGAUUAGCAGUGAGCCGUGCAGAAGGACGUCAUCCAUUCAUAAAACUAUGCAUGCGCUAUUUAGCUUGAAUUUUCACUUUCAUAGUGCCAUGCAUCUUACCACUGAUGUGUUUCUAGAAAAGAUGAUGACCCAUGAUGUGUGGCUAUUUUUUUGAAAAGUUCCUGUGGGUUCCACCAUUUAUGUACCGAGGGGGAGAUAUGCUGCUUGAAGGCGGCUGGAGAUUGGUGUUUUGUUAUGAUAACAAGGGGCAGUUGCAGGGGUUGUUCGACUGUGAUGUUCUCCGCCUCGAUCUCACUCCAUAUCUACUCAAAGAAAGCCUUGUCCUCCAUGAGUUCCUUGAGACGGAGCGGAAUGGCGGUGUAGUUAAACCGCCUUUCUGCGAGAGGUCGUACAGUUUGCUGAUGGUUUCCCAGUGACAUACAGUAGUUACUACUUUGAGUAUUCAUGCUCAGGAUAUUGCAAAAGGCUGCUGGUGAAACUCAAACCAAUUAUCCCUUUUCCGACCGGUUUACGUAUUUCUGACCUCUCAUGGUUGGUAAAAUUGUGACCAGAGGAUCGCAUAUAUUUCUCCAUUUUUUCGUUUUUGGUACAUAGAUGUGGGCCACCGAAUCAAGGCUGGUUGGAUGAAGUGGCGCCAAGCUUCUGGCGUACUCUGUGACAAGAGAGUGCCACAAAAGCUAAAAGGCAGUUUUUAUAGGACAGCUAUCCGACCUGCGAUGUUGUAUGGCGCUGAGUGUUGGCCAACGAAGAGACGACAUAUCCAACAGUUAAGUGUAGCAGAGAUGCGCAUGUUGAGAUGGAUAUGUGGCCACACAAGAAAGGAUCGGGUACGGAACGACGAUAUACGGGAGAGAGUUGGGGUAGCACCGAUUGAAGAGAAGCUGGUCCAACAUCAUCUGAGAUGGUUU